GUCUCAACUCGAUAAUUUGGUUGUCUUAUAUACCCCAUCUGUUUCUGUCUUCUACCUCUAUCCUGCUUGACUGCUUCCAUCAGCAACAUCAACAACCAUUAUUUGUUAGUGAUUAUAUUUUCCAUCGGCGGUCAAUAUCACCCAACAUGAGUGUCCCAAAGUCAGAAUAUCUCAGCUCCGUAUGGGCACCCGGCAUCUUUGCCAACCGGGUUCUCUUCGUCACCGGUGGUGCCGGCACCAUCUGCAGUGCGCAAACUCGCGCCAUGGUCCAUCUGGGAGCUGACGCAUGCAUCAUUGGUCGCAACCCAGAAAAGACUGAAAAAGCGGCCAAAGACAUCGCCAAGGUCCGCUCUGGAGCUCGUGUCAUUGGCAUUGGCAAUGUCGAUGUCAGGAACUUUGACAACCUCAAGGCGGCCGCCGAGCGGUGCGUCAAGGAGCUGGGAGCCAUCGACUUUGUCAUCGCUGGUGCCGCUGGAAACUUCAUUGCUCCUAUUUCCGGUUUGAGCCCCAACGCCUUCAAGGCUGUCAUCGACAUCGACACCAUUGGUACUUUCAACACCGUCAAGGCCACUAUCCCUUAUCUCAUCGAGUCGGCUGCCAGGAACCCGAACCCCAACCCGAAUGGCCUCACUGGCGGUCGCAUCAUCUCGGUUUCCGCUACCUUCCACUACACAGGCAUGCCCCUGCAGGCCCAUGUGUCCGCUGCCAAGGCCGCCGUGGAUUCCCUCAUGGCCAGCGUCUCUCUUGAAUACGGCCCCUACGGUGUUACUGCCAACGUCAUUGCUCCCGGUGCCAUUGAAGGUACGGAGGGUAUGGAGCGCCUGGCCAGCAGCGCUGCCGACAAGCAGAAGAUGACCAAGGCUGUUCCCAGCGGCAGAUGGGGAAGCCGCCGUGAUAUCGCUGACGCUACUGUUUACCUAUUCAGUGAUGCUGGUAACUAUGUCAAUGGUACCACUCUCGUCGUUGAUGGCGCUGGCUGGAGGCGACAGGGAGGAAACGACAUUGGCAUUGACGAAGGCAUGGAGUAUCCCGACUUCCUGCUUACUGGCCAGAUCAGCAAAAACCUGAAAGACGGGAGAAAGCAAAAGUCCAAGCUUUAAAACAUGGGAUUCCAAAAAAUGUUAUCAGUUUGUCACACCGGAGCGUUUGUGAUACCAUCGGGCCAUGCCACGGCAGCAUGGUUGCAAGGCGUUCGGGUCGGAGCAGGCGUGCUAAAUGAUUGCAUAUUUCUCUGCUACUGGU